AUGUCAUUUAACCUUGGUACAGCAACACCACCAAUCGAUUCGAACAGUCAUGUAGAAUAUUUUACUAAAUCUAAUCAUCCAUCGUAUCUAAUUUCAAAAUUUUUAUCUUAUCUCCAACAAGGAUUUCUUUGUGAUAUUAUUUUUAUUUAUGAUAAUGGAAAAAUAAAACGACAAAUAAUUGCUCAUCGUCUUAUUAUCUCGAUAUUAUCUGAUUAUUUUCAUAGUUUAUUUGAAAAUCAUAAACAAAUUGAGAUUAUUAUCAAUGAUAUUGAUCCAGAUAUUUUUGAAAAAAUUAUACUUUAUGCAUAUGAAGGUCAUAUUGAAAUUCAUUCAACUAAUGUUACUAAAAUUCUUCAUAUUGCACAUUUAUUUCAUAUAACUGAAAUAAUUGAAGCAUGUUGUAAUUUUAUUAAAAAACAAAUUCAACCAUCAAAUUGUUUUGGUCUAUAUAGAUUUGCUUUAAAACAUAAUUUACAAGAUUUAACACAAACUAUUUGGAAUUAUAUUCUUGAUCAUUUCUCAAUAGUUAUUCAAAAUAAUCAUGAAUUUCUUGAAUUAUCUUUUGAUGAAAUGAAACAACUUUUAGCAUCUGAUAAUAUCAAUGUUCAAUCGGAAGAAAUAGUUUAUGAAGCAUUUAUUUCGUGGCUUGAUUAUGAUUUAAAUCGACAUAAUGAUUAUUUAGCAAAAUUAUUUUAUUUAAUUAGAUUACCUUUAAUCAAAAGAAAAUAUUUGAUAGAUUAUAUUGAUACAAACAAAAUAUUUGAAAAUAAUAGUUUAUGUCAAAUGUUGAUUAUUGAAGCAAUGCGUUACCAUUUAGUACCAGAAAAACGUUUAACUAUGAAAACAAUAAGAACAAAACCAAGAAAAUCAACACUUGGUGUUCUUUAUUGUUUUGGUGGAAUUAAUAAUACUAAAAAUUUACAAACUAUUGAAAAAUAUGAUUUUCGAACUGAUUGUUGGCAAAUAGAUGACCAAUGGAAUAGUCGACGUUCUCAGUUUGCUUGUAUUAGAUUAAAUACAAAAUUAUAUAUAUGUGGAGGUCGAGCUGGUCUUAAAACGUUAAAUAGUAUUGAAAUCUAUGAUUUUCAAACAAAAAUUUGGACUAUUGGAUCACCAAUGCUUACUAAUCGUUAUGAUUUAGGUAUUGAACAUAUUGGUGGUCCUUUAUAUGCUAUUGGCGGUCAUAAUGGACAAAUUAUUCUUAAUACAGUAGAACGUUUUGAUCCGGACAUAUCUGAAUGGACUUAUGUUGCAUCAAUGAACAAUGCACGAUAUACAUUAGGUGUUGCUGUUCUUGAAAAUCGGAUUUAUGCAGUUGGAGGUAAAGAUGAUUCUACAAGUCUUCGAGAAAUGGAAUUUUUUGAUCCACAUACUAAUCGUUGGUCACAAUGUGCAUCAAUGAUAAAAUGUCGUGCUAGUGUAGCUGUUGUUUGUUGUAAUGAAUUUUUAUAUGCUAUUGGUGGUUAUGAAUUGUUAACAAUAAAUAAAAAUAUUAUUCGACAUGAUGAUGGUGAACGUUAUGAUUUAAAAUGUAAUCAAUGGACAUUGAUUACUUCAUUUAGUCGACCAAAACAAGCUUUAGGAAUAGCUGUUGUUAAUAAUAAAUUAUAUAUUAUUGGUGGUUUUAAUGGAAAAUUUUUAAAUGAAAUGGAAAAAUAUGAUACAGAAACUAAUAAAUGGAAAAAAUGUUCUCCAUUAAGAACAAAAAGAGCCGGUGCUUAUCUUAUUCAUCUACCUAAUUCUAUUGAUCAAUUAUAA